CAGUCGUUCAGUCCAUCUUAAGAAACUAGAGGGCUAGUUUAUCCGUGAUCUUCGCAGUGUGCAUAUUUUGUACCUCGCAUAUUAAUUCUACCCUAUAUUAGGGUUACGGUGUUACAAACUUGCGACAGUUAUCCGCAUCGGUGUUGCGUGUCCGUGUUCGCGAUUUCUGCGUGAAAGUGACGACCGUUUCGGUGGAUUAUUAUUAUUUUGUACACAAGUUCUGUUAAUGCAGAUACCGCGCGCUUAGUGAUUUCCCGCAGGAUGUGCCAGCCGCCACGAUGAUACGCCGCUUGGGCGAUAUGGAGGGUCGGUUGAUAGUGUUGCUGCUGGUGGCAGCCACCCUCGCGGAGCACGUGCGAGACCUGGAGAUAUCCGAAGGUGCACCGGUCGGUACAAGGAUCGGUUAUAUCGGUGACGGUGCUACGUCAGACAGUGGUCCGCCGUAUUUGAUAGUGCCCGUCGGGAAUGCGGUCAUGUCCGAUCUAUCACUUGACACAAACACGGGAGAAAUUAGAACCAAAGUUCCUUUGGAUCGCGAAAAACGUGCGAGUUACUCGUUGGUGGCGAUACCUAUCAGUGGCGAUAAUAUAAAAGUUUUGGUGAAAGUGUUAGACGAAAACGACAACGCGCCGACUUUUCCAACUGCGGUUAUGAACAUCGAGUUUCCGGAAAAUACGCCGAGGGACGUGAAACGGACACUGCAUCCCGCCAGAGAUGCGGAUCUCGACAUUUACAACACGCAAAGGUACAAUAUUGUGUCGGGGAAUGUGAAUAACGCAUUUAGACUAUCCUCGCAUCGGGAACGUGAUGGUGUUUUAUAUCUGGAUCUGCAAAUAAACGGAUUCCUAGAUCGAGAAACGACAGCGUCGUAUAGCUUGGUGAUUGAAGCUUUAGACGGAGGAACACCUCCGUUGCGGGGCGAGAUGACCGUUAACAUAUCCAUUCAGGAUGUUAACGACAAUCAGCCGAUUUUCAAUCAAAGCAGAUACUUUGCAAUGGUUCCGGAGAAUGCGACGGUUGGUACAAGCAUUUUGCGUGUGUUUGCGACCGAUAAUGAUGACGGUGAGAAUGGUCAGAUAGAGUACUCGAUCAAUCGUCGGCAGAGUGAUCGCGAUAGCAUGUUCCGUAUUGACUCGACCAACGGGCAAAUAUCCGUAAACAAACCUUUGGAUUUUGAGUCGAAGGAGCUGCACGAACUUGUGGUUGUGGCCAAGGACCAUGGCCUUCAACCAUUGGAAACGACGGCGUUUGUAUCGAUUAGAGUGACCGAUGUGAAUGACAACCAACCGACGAUCAACGUGAUCUUUUUGAGCGACGAUGCUACUCCAAAGAUUUCGGAAUCGGCCCAACCUGGAGAGUUUGUGGCCCGGAUUUCUGUGCACGACCCGGACUCGAAGGCGGAGUACUCCAAUAUAAAUGUAACGCUAACCGGUGGCGACGGACGUUUUGGAUUAACAACGAGAGAUAACAUAAUUUAUCUGGUAAUUGUUUCGCUCCCUUUAGAUCGGGAAAUGCAGCCCAAUUACACGCUGAACGUCGUCGCCACCGACACGGGAACACCACCAUUGCAUGCCUCGAGAACUAUAAAUUUAAAGGUAACGGAUAUUAAUGAUAAUGCCCCUGAGUUCUCCGAGGAUGUUUAUUACGCUAACGUUAUGGAAGUGUCCGAUCCGGGUACAUCUGUUAUUCAGGUAUUUGCAACCGAUAAAGAUGAAGGUAACAACAGUGCGAUUACGUAUUUUCUAUCCGAUACACCGGAUACCCAUUCCGCUUGGUUUCAUAUCGAUUCGCGUAGUGGUUUAAUAACAACAAAAGCUCAUGUGGAUUGUGAGACGGAUCCCGUUCCGCGACUGACAGUGAUAGCGACGGAUAACGGAUUUCCGCCCCUGUCAUCAUCUACUACUGUGUUUGUGACAAUACACGACGUAAACGACAACGAGCCGAUAUUCGAUCAAAGUUUCUACAACGUUACAGUCGCAGAAAACGAAGUCGAAGGACGCUGCAUUUUAAAGGUAGGAUGGUAUGCAUGUAAUAUCGCAUAUGUCAAUGAACUCGAACCCCAUAAACGUGAAAAAAAAUGA